AUGAGGAAGCUGCUUGCCCUGCCAUUUCUGCCAGAGGAACAGAUUCCUGUCGCGUUCAACACACUGAAGGAGACUGUCACCUGUGAGCGACUGAUACAGCUGAACAGCUACAUCGAGAGGACCUGGAGCAACGGCGACAUCUGGACACCAUCAUCGUGGACCGUCUACUGUAUGGCUGUGAGGACAAACAACGACGUCGAAGGAUGGCACCACCACAUCAACACGAGAGCCCAGAAGUCCAGCCUGCCCUUCUAUGUGCUUGUGAUUCUUCUCUUCAAGGAAACCGCCAGCAUCCCGAACCAACUUAAGAUGAUCAGCGAGGGAAAACUCCAGAGAUACCAAUGA